CAAGAGACUUGCUGAGAUGACAUCAGCUUCAAAACACUCACUGCUGAUAUCAGGGAAUGGAAAUGGAGGAAAGAGAUCCAGUACAGACAGGUGCUGCCGUUUUUCAUGGUUGAAGUCCCUGACAACCUGCUGGAGGUUUGGUUUCAAGGUUUGAACCAUCUCCAAAAGUCUCUUUCAAUGUGAAAAUAAUCUACAGAAGAGGAGGUCAAAAUCCCUAAUCUUCAUUUCCAUUUAUAUGAUUUUAGCAGUUGUUAAAUAACGAUUAUUACCACAACAAUGGAUGAAAUAUAUUACGGUAAUGUGGAUGGAGGGAUGUUUAUUAAGAACACUGAACCUGCAUCACAAUCGCUUUGCAAUCGGAAACUCAUUGAACUGUCCUCAAAAUGGUUCCUCGAGACUCAAGUGUCGCACAUUGGUCAAGAUGGCAGCUUCCCCACUUGGUUCGUGGGUUUCCUCCCCAGAGAGGAUACGGAAGAAAUCCUCAAAGAAAAGGAAUUGGGUUGUUUCCUCAUUCGUCUCAGUGAUAAAGCCAUCGGAUACGUGCUCUCUUAUAGAGGCCGCGAUCGCUGUCGACACUUUGUGAUACACCAAAGUGACACAGGACACUUUGUCGUCUGUGGAGCUUCCAAGGGACAUGACACAGUCUCUGAACUAAUCCAGCACUACAAAACUAGUGCCAUCGAGCCAUAUGGGGAGUAUCUCACAUCCUCAUGCUUCGAGACACCUAAGGGCAGGACAUAUGAUGUGAUCCAGCAUAUGUCGCCUGCCGAAGCCAAGAAGAAAGUGGAAAGAAACUCUGAACAGCUACCUUCACUCAUAAAGCGCAAAACAACACUUGAGGAGGUGCCACCGGUGCCAAGGAGCGGCAGGAACCAUGAAACAGGUCUACCUAGUGACCCAAACAGGAUGCUGUAUGCUCAUCUUAGAAAGAAACCGUCCAGGGACCUUCAUGCAAGCCAACAACACAUACGUAAGGACUGUUCACCCAGCGCUACCACAAGAAAAGUUGUAGGGUGCGCUACACCGGAUCAGACCUCCACAAAGUGGCGUCCUCUGUCUGCACCGGAGUACUCUCUCCUCAGCUUGGUGGCUCUCACUUCUGGACCAAGCUUUUCUCCAAGAACCACCAGGGAACCAAAACCAGACAAGAUAGUCCCAUGCAGAAGACCCCCAAACAGACAUAGCACCGACCACCUGAGUGAUGGGGCCAUCAAUUUCAUGGCUGGUAAGCCUGGUAGCCCUCACACUGCAUGUGUAGACACUACAUCACACGCAUCCCAUCAUCAUAGUAACCCAGUGUAUGCUGAGAUACACACUGAAGCAUUCAGAGACUGCGUUCCUCAUGAUGACAUCUACGAGAUCAUCCCUGGCAUCGAGCACAUGAGCAAACCUUAAAUCUAUUUCCACACUUAUGAGUCAGUGGAGGAUAUUAAUCACGCUCUUUCGGGUUAAUGCUUUUAUACGGUAGAAUAUGAACAAGUGUAAAUGGUAACAUCCGCACUGUUCAAUUGUUAAUCAAAUGGUUAACACAAGA